AUGAUCACGAUCCCUUAUCUCACCGCCCUGACCACCUACUUCAGCUACGGCCUCCUCUUUGCAUUCGGCCAGCUGCGCGACUUUUUCCGCAAGAUUGUAGACUGGUGGGCCCACAGCAACCUUCAGGGCUAUGCGCCGAUCUGUUUGGGGCUGGAGGAUUUCUACAUCCGGAGAUUGUAUCUGCGAAUUCAGGAUUGCUUUAAUAGACCUAUAGCAAGCCCGCCCGAUUCUUGGUUUGAUUUGGUUGAGCGUGUCUCCAACGACAAUAACAAAACAUUAAAUCGAACCACUAAGGUGAAAAGGUGUCUCAACUUGGGAUCAUAUAACUAUCUAGGGUUUGCAUCAGCAGAUGAGUAUUGCACUCCUCGUGUAAUUGAGUCCUUGAAGAAAUUUUCUCCAAGCACAUGCAGUACUCGGAUUGAUGGAGGAACAACUACAUUGCACACCGAGCUGGAGGAGUGCGUAGCAAACUUCAUAGGAAAGGAGGCUGCAGUAGUUUUUGGCAUGGGUUAUGCAACAAAUUCUGCCAUUCUUCCUGUAUUGACGGGGAAGGGAAGUUUAAUUAUCAGCGAUUCUCUCAACCAUAACUCGAUAGUUAAUGGUGCUCGAGGAUCUGGAGCCACUGUUAGAGUGUUUCAGCAUAAUACACCAUCCCAUUUGGAGAAGGUUCUGAAGGAUCAAAUUGCUGAGGGACAGCCCAGAACGCACAGACCUUGGAAAAAGAUAUUGGUGGUGGUGGAGGGAAUCUAUAGUAUGGAAGGAGAACUUUGCAAGCUGCCCGAAAUUGUUUCGAUAUGCAAGAAAUACAAGGCAUACAUUUAUCUAGAUGAGGCCCAUAGCAUUGGAGCUCUUGGAAAAACUGGAAGAGGUGUCUGUGAGCUCUUGGGUGUUGAUACCGCAGAUGUGGAUAUUAUGAUGGGAACUUUCACUAAAUCAUUUGGGUCAUGCGGUGGCUAUAUUGCUGGAUCUAAGGAACUUAUUGAGUACUUGAAGUACAGUUGUCCUGCUCAUCUCUAUGCCACGUCAAUAUCCCCACCUGCUGCGCAGCAAAUUAUAUCUUCCAUUAAGGUUGUUCUUGGAGAAGACGGUUCUUGCAGAGGGGCUCAAAAGCUAGCUAAAAUCCGGGAAAACAGCAAUUUCUUCAGGUCCGAGUUGCAGAAGAUGGGUUUUGAAGUUCUGGGCGACAAUGAUUCCCCUGUCAUGCCUGUUAUGCUCUACAAUCCGGCAAAAAUCCCUGCUUUUUCACGUGAAUGCUUGAAGAGAAAUUUGGCCGUCGUGACUGUUGCUUUUCCUGCCACUCCUUUGCUGUUGGCGCGUGCCCGUAUUUGCAUCUCGGCUGCUCAUUCGAGGGAAGACCUUCUUAGAGCUUUAGAGAUUAUUAGUGAGGUUGGAGACAUGGUAGGCAUAAAGUACUUUCCUGCCGAGCCAAAUAAGCAGCAGCUAGAGGCAGACAGAGUGAAGCUGGAAUAG